UUUUUUUUUUAUUUAUUUAUUUUAAUCUUUGAUAUACAUCACAAUUAUAAAACGCGCUUUUUCUCUCCAUCAAUCAUUUAUAAUUUUAUUUAAUUGGAAUAUAGACGACGAUAAUGACACAAGCCAAUCUUCACCUCCAGUUAUGUGUCAACGAUUUGCUUCAUCCAACCGAAUCAUCCGAAUCUUUACUUGAAGCACUUACCUCUACCCAGCUUGAAGAAAUCGAAAAAACACUGAACAAAAUAAAGGAAAAGAAGCAAUCCACUCCUUCUCAACUAGUUUCUCCAAUUCCAAUCACAUUAACAGCCAAUCCCUCCACUUUACAUCAUGAUUGGGCUCUUGUAGCAGCACAGAUCGCCAAAGCCUUAGCAGAUACAAUCACCACAGUGACCACACCUUCCACUCCUAAAUCGGUCGCUAAGCCACCACCUAAACCUACACCAUCACCAUCAUCAUCUACUAUAGCAACGGAAACAGCAACAACUACAGCGACAACCACACCAGCGACAACCACGACAUCCACUCCAAAUCCAUCCAGCAUUCCUCCUACCUUUUCCACAAAUAUCACCCCUACCGCUACCACAGUCGCUACGAAUCCUACUACCACUACAGCAAAUGGUGCUGUCUUACCCAACCACGAACCACGUACCGAAGUACGUGAUGGUGUUGAAUGGGUCAGUUUUGUCUACUCACAUCAUCGUAUCUUGCGCCGCUAUUCCAUUCGUACCGAUGUAGAUCAAGUAGAUAUUCAUCUUUUGGAUAUCCGAUUCAAGAGUGACAAUUGCGUCUAUCCUCGUGCUAAUUUACCUCGCGAUCAAUAUAAAGGCAAUCGUUGGGCAUAUGAAACCGAAUGUAAUACCUUGGGCUGGAAAUUAGCCUACUUGAAUUCAACAGAGAUUGCUGGAAAACGUGGUCUAAUUCAACGUGCGGUGGAUUCUUACCGUAAUCGAUACCCUAGUAUGCGAUCACGUCGUGUAGCUCGUCAAGAAAAGUUAUUGAAGGGCACAUUACGUAAACGCAAGAAUCGUGAAUCUGAAGAUGGCUCUUUGCUGAUGGAAGAAGAUGAGACAAGCCGCCUACUCAAACAAAUCAAAAAAGAAGAUACCAAACAAGUGCUGGGUGAUUUACCAAAGACUGUGUCGAUUGAUGAUGGUAUGGGAGGCGCCAAAUAUCGUAUUCGUAUUAAUGUGGAUGCGGUCUCUUUGGAUUCCAUCGAUAUCAAUUUCCGCCGAUCUAACUGUGUUUAUCCUCGUGCCAUGGAUAUCAAUACUUUAUCCCCAUUCGCAUCACAACGUCAAAUCGAAGAAGCCAAAUGUAAUGAAUUGGGUUGGAAAUUAGCUUGGUUAAAUCCUAAGCAAUUAGCAAACAAAAAGAGUUUGUUACAACGCGUGCUGGAUGUCUAUCGAUGCAAAUUUUUACCUGAAUUAAACCCUCGCAAGAAUUCACUACGUGUGUCUACUACGACGGUGGUGGAAGAUGGUGGUUCCGGUGACACUCGAUUGACUGUGGCGGCAUUGACAGAAUUAGAAGGCCAUAAAACGAUCAAACAAGAAUGCAUACAUCCUGCUGUUGUUGCUGUCAAAGAGGAGGAUAAUGAAUCACUUCAUAGUGGAACCACCGACUCGAUAGAUUUCCACGAUUGCUUCUCUCCACCUGAUGCUGAUAACAACUCUGGAUACGCAACCGCGCCUUCCAACUUGAUGUUAUCUGUUCCCACCUCAUCGGAUGAAUUACUUUUUGGACCCUCGUCUCAACAGGCACCACAACAUCCCUUAUUCGAAACAACGCAUACGUCUUGUCGACGUAGUAUUAGCAGUAGCAGUAGUGGUGGUUCUGAUGUUAAGUCACCAGUAUCUCACCAAGAGGCAGUGUUUAAAGACGAAAGUCUUUUUGAAUUAUAUACGGAUACCAUUCAACUUCCUUCUGCUGGUGUGGAUUUUGAACACUGCGAUUACAUCAAGACCGAAGAUGAUGGUUUGAUGGAUCCGCUGAUUAGUCAACUCUUUCGCCUCUAAACACAUAACCCGCUCUAAAAAAAAAAAAAGAAGAAUUUUUGUCAGCCUCUUUGUAUAUAUACCAACUUUUCCCACCCUACCCCACACACAACACACCAAAAAAGGGAUUUAUUUUUCACGUCCAUCUUUUUUACUUCUAUUACCCCCCAAAUUUACUUAAAACCCACCCCACUCUGUAUAAAAUUAAUUUAAACUAAAUAGCAACCCAACCCAACACCCCUCUCUUACCUUUUUACAUAUACAUUCAUAACAUUCAGUCGAAUUACUGUUCAUUGAAAUAAAAG